UACCACCGGAGCAAAAGCACGCGUUCUCCACAUUGCAAAAAUAGGUUAUCUUUCUACGCUGCGUUUCACUUCGUACUUUCGUCCUGCCAGACGAGUAGUUUUCUCAUCGCUGACGUAUCGUACGAUAAAAACGAAAAAUACGGUUGUUACAUACAAAUUAAGAUAAUUUUUCCGUUGUUCAUUGUCGCGUGGGUGAAAGAACAAGAAAUCAAGGUCGACGUACUGUACUGUGAUAGCCAGAGAUCGACAGGCGAAGAAGAAGAGGGACACGCUCUCUUGUCCUUUUAAAUAACUAUAAUCUUUAAAUGCGACACGUGAACGGUGAUAAGGAGAUAACAGAUUUUUCGGUGUACAACCGAGGAAAAGUAACGAACAAGGCGAAAAAGGAUGACAGUGUAUUCGGGACAGAUUCGAAUUGAUGCGUGUAACGUAAAACAGAUUUUCUCGGGUGUGAUGUUUAGGUUAUCUCGUCGGAUCGAGAUUGGAACACGAUGAGAUACCAUGGAUAUUCGCCGUGACGGACUUUUCGGUUUUACGUUCGAACUACCGUUUCAUGCGCAUUUUUUAAUGAAUUCAUAAGGCAAUAUUAAUUGUGUGCCCGCUACGAUGAAAGCAGCGUGCAUGACUUGAAGGUUAAGUCUUUCCAACGAAAGCGUUCUUGAACCAUUGUUACGAUGAUUAUUGUUGCUCAAAUUCCUGCUUAAAUACUUUUGUAAACGGAACACAAAAUCCUCCGUUUGACUUUUGUUGUGUCGAUAAAUAAACAAAAAAUUAUUUUUGCGGCACGAAGUGCUGUUCGAAAUUCAAAUUUUAUGAUUCAAUAUAAAAGAAAAAGUAAUAACAAAAAAAAAAGGAUACAUACGAUUUAAAUAAUAGAGUGAAGCUAUUAAGUGUAAAUUUGUCGAACUAACGGAAAUAAAUGAGAUAUAGUAUAUGAUAUUCGAACUCUGAUGAUCAAGACGUUACCGCAUUGUUUCGUCGCUAUAAUUUGUAUAUGAAAGAAGAAGCUUGUUAAACGAUAAUUUAUAAAUUUAAGAUUAUUUUAUUUAUUAUAAUACGUCAGCGCGUAUAAAAGAGAAAUAUAUAUAUAUGUAUAUUUCGGUUAAAUAAGCGAUCGAACAAUCGUAGAUUUUAUUCUUUAAAAGAAUAAUAGUGCUAUUAAUACAAUGUGCAACUGUGUAAUGUUUGUUUAAUAAUAUUUUACGAUGAUCGUUUAUAUUUAUUUAAAAAUAAUUGUACAGACAUUAAAACGUUUUUUGAGGUGAAAAUUCAUGCUUUCUUCUAUAACUUUAAUUAUCAAUACUUUUUAUUUUUCUGACAAUCAGCAUGAGUUUAUUUUAUAAACAUUCUGUUAAUAAAAUCACCAUCAUAUUCUAGAAUUAAAGCAUUCAUGUAUUCUGUAACUAAUAUGAUGCUCUCAUAGACCUUAGAACAUUAUUAUGUUUACAUUUAAACCAACGUCCUUUACACUUAAUAAGAAAUCAUGACAAGUAGAAAAAAAAAGCUUUAAAUUGUGAUGUGGUAUAUUUUAAAUACAGUAUUUGUGCCAUUCCUUUCAUACACAAGACAUUGGCUACAAUUAAUGAUUCACGAGCAUCCUUAUGAAAAUUAUAAAAACAUAGGACCAUUUUAAAAAAGAAACCAAAAAUUGUCCCUUAGUUUGAAAGUUUGGAUACCACAUACUUGAAAAACCUGCUUCAAUCAUGACAGAAAUUAACAUCCAAGAUUUACAGGACCUUCUUGUACACUUCUCGAAAAAUACCUAUAGAGCCAAGGAUGCAGACAGCAAGAGUCAAGCAAUCAUGCAAAGAUGUCUGCUGCUCACUGAUUUAGAUUAUACUCAUUCUAUCAUAAACAAUAAUGGAGGUGAUCUCAGUGCACACUAUCCUAGCCAUCUUAUCAUUUUAGAGUAUGAGAAGUGUAGGAAUCCAAAUUUGUGUGAUACGCCGCCACCACUGCCACGCACAUCAGAAACUAUAUACGAAAAUAUGUAUGAUUCUAAUAAAUUGAAGGAAUUGAUAAAAAGUGCUAGAUUUGCCAGGUGUCGUUCAAGAUUUCCACUGCCGGUAAUAUUGUAUAAAGGUAGACAUGUAUGCAGAUCGGCUACUUUGUCUGGUGGACCAGAAAUUUAUGGUAGAUCUGGGCUAGAUUAUUUAUUUGCUGGUAGUGAAGGAACAGUUUCUAUUGAACAGCAAGUAGAUGAAGCUCGUGCGACUGACUCUGUACUUAGUGAUUGGCAAUUGUUUGAUAAAGUUAGACACCAAGACAUCAAGCUUUUGAAAACUCUUAACGUAGGAAUUAUUAUUGAUUUUAUGGUCGAGAAGAAGAAAGUCAAGUUUGGAAUGAACGUGACAUCCUCAGAGAAAGUAGACAAAGAGAAGAGGUACUCUGACUUCACCCUAAUUUCACUGCCAUAUCCUGGAUGUGAAUUCUUCAGGGAGUUUAGAGAAAAUGACUACUUGGCCCAAGGCUUGGUAUUUGAUUGGUCUCAGACCCAUGUAGACGCGCAGAUUGGUGUGCCAGAAGAUUCAAUUUCUACUCAGUUACGAAUCAAUUGGGAUCAAUAUCAAAUCUGGGAUCUAGUAAAAUUAACUCAAAAUUAUUUAAAACUGAUAUUGAGAUAUUUGAGUGACAGUAACAGUGGAAUAUUAAUUCAUUGUAUCUCAGGAUGGGACCGCACACCUUUAUUUAUUUCAUUACUGAGGAUCAGUUUGUGGGCUGAUGGUGUAAUUCACACAACACUGAACGCGCAUCAGAUUCUUUACUAUACCAUAGCAUACGACUGGAUGCUGUUUGGCCAUGAUUUAGAGGAUCGACUAAGCAAAGGAGAGGAAAUAUUCUUCUUUUGCUUUUAUUUUUUAAAGCACAUUCAUGACGAAGAGUUUAGUAUUCAUCCGCGUCAUAGCAGAUCUAGGCACUUGGUUUUACGUAACGACAGUGACUCGCAGUUAGACAACGCUAUGUUCGAUAACGAAUCGGUAGUGACAUUGAGUUCAGUUAGUUCCAACUUAAGUCUGAAUAGUUGGUGUAGUUCUGUUAGUCAAAAUAGCAGAGAUAGCCAAGAUAACAAUCCACCAGCUGUGUUUCAUUGCUCUUCCGCAGAAAGUCAAGACGACUAUCUUAGUUCUGGGAACGUGGUACCAUGGUCAAUUCAUACUUCUCCAAAUAAAGAAGGAAUUGCUCAUGGAUCACGGUCACCUUUGCCACCUAAUCGGACUUCUCCCGUCGCAGUUCCCGUACCUGGACGUCUUCGACAACGAAACGAAUCCUCCUCAUCUGGUGGUUCAUGGCAGAUGAUAUCUGGAACCGGAAGUUUACGUGGUUCUACAACUGCUAAUGCUCCGAUCACAGACGGAAUGGCAUGUAGUUCAGUUUCGAAACACCCCGGUGAAAAUUAUACUGUACAUACGUCCCAAGAAUCAAGCACGACAAUUAUCGAGGACGAAGUAUGUGCGUCGUUGGCACAAUCCCGCAAAGAAAAGUUACAAUGUUUAAGAAGAAUAUUUUACAGCGCUUAUAGUCAAACUGUUGGGUUCCGAAUGAAGGAUAAUUCCGAUUCUGUUGGCUUAGGUCAACUACUAGGAAACUUUGUCGAGAAAGUUGGAAUUCUUUCCGUUCAACGCACAUCCUUGUGACUAUAACAUCAUUAAUUUCUCAUUCCCUCUCUUCCCAUCAUAAGUUUACUGUUAUCAAUUGUUUGACUCAAUUUAGAAUUUUAUAAAAAUGCUAUACAAUGAAAAUAAAACAAUUGUAUAUUGUCGUUUAUGCGAAUAAUGCGUUGUUAUACAAAAAAGAAAGAAUAGCGUGUAAUCGCGUGACAUGAAUAAAAACUUGAUAUUUUUGUAUA